AUGGCCAGCGAUCCUGAGAGCUCUUCGGAGCUAUUGUCGAUCAACAAUCAGGCGUCGCCGCGAGUUUACACCUCUCUCCUUCUUUGCUUCGGUCUAGAGUCCGAUUUCCGCGAUUACGUUGGUCUCAAGAAGCACCUACAGUCGUCUCUUGAUAAGCUCGCCGAGACCUACCCCCUUCUCACAGCCCACCUCUUUGCCGACGCCAACAAUGGAGUCGCAUCCCUCACGACCACCAAGGGCGCCAAGAUCCCCUUUCGAGUAGUCCAAGACGCUACCAACAGCUCAGCUCAGUCCUAUGAUGAGAUGAAGGAGGCAGGUUUCCCCCAGAGCCUGUUUACCCAUGAAAGAUUCGGCCGCGACGGUAGACUCAACGCCGAGGGAAAGCCCGUCAUGUACAUUGAGGGCAUUAUUAUCCGUGGAGGCAUGUUCCUCCAUUGUGAGUUCCACCACGCCGUCUUCGACGGACGACUCAAGAGCGAGUUUCUAGGCGCAUUUGCCGCAAUCACUCGUGGCGACGUUCACGACACUUUCUUGCCUUCCAACCAAUCAUUCCACCACACUGCAGCAACAGCCAUUGCCCCGUCGUAUGCUCACUUUGAUGCCCUCUUGGAGGAGUGCCCCGAAUUUGGCAUGCUUGUCGACAAAUCGGGUCCCACAUUUCACUGCUACGACAAUGAGUUCCCGUACCGCAACCUAGAGAAGACUGGCAAGAUCUUUACAAUCAACCGCGCACGCAUGGGUACUCUACAGUACAUGAUCCAGGGCCAGCUGGCCAAGAAGGGCCUCAUUGCAAAGGACAAGAACCCGUCAACCUACAGCUGCCUCGCCGCUCUUGCCUUUAUGUGCAUUGUCCGCGCCCGCUCCAUCGCCGAGCCCUUCAACAACCGCGGCAACGGCCAAGACGACACGGCCAUCAUGCACCACGCCGUCAACUGGCACUCGCGUGCCCUCAAGAAGCACACCAAGAACUAUUUUGGCGUGUCGACGCUGCCGGCGUUUACGGCCAUCAGCAUGGCCUUUCUCAAGGAGUCCAGCGGCGAUCUGAACGCUCUUGCCUUGAUCGCCGACUUGGUCAAGCGAGACACGGCACAGGUCGACGAUGACUAUGUGCACAAGAGACUGAAUCUAUCUUCGCCUGACCCACGCCUUAUUGGCGUUAAUUACGACCCACGUUCACCCAAUGUCAUUGCCUUCAACACCUGGCGCCACUUUGGUGGUAGCGAUGACUGGGAGAUUCCCGGCACCAUCAGUACCAGGCCCGACGCCGUCCGCCGAACCCUGGCCGGCUGGGGCACACACAAUUGCCUCAUUCUUCCGCAGACCGGAGAUGAUCAGGAGAUCCUCGUUCAGCUCCCCGAGGUCACCAUGGAGGUCCUUUGCAAGGACCGCAACUGGUAUGACUGGUUCGAGGUCAUCGAGUAG